AUGGAAAACAACAGGAAUCGCAACAACGAAAAUAAACCGAAAAAACGCAAAAAUUUCGGCGAAGACGGAUUCGAACAUUGGGGGGGCUACAUGGCGGCAAAGCGAGCGAAACUACUGGACCAAUUCAAAGACUCCGAAAUACCGAGAUUGUCUAAUAUAUUCGAAGGGGUAGCCAUACACGUAAACGGUCUUACUCGACCCCCUAAUGACGAAUUGAAGAAACUCAUGGCUGCCCACGGGGGUCUAUUCCACAUGUACCAAACAUCUGCUACCACUCACAUAAUAGCCUCAAAUCUACCCAACGUUAAGGUAAAACACUUAGGCUCUGUCCCCGUAGUGAAGCCAUCUUGGAUAACCGAAAGCAUCGAGUACGGCAAAUUGCUAGAUUAUCGCAGAUACCUUUUAUACACGAAUCAAAGCAAAACGCAGCCUCGAAUCGAUUUCCCGAUAAUAUCUAACGAACAAGUCAGAGGAAACAGACCGCCUACCAAAACAGCUUCGGAUCCGAAAUUUUUAGAGGAGUUUUACAGCAAUUCCAGAUUGCAUUUGAUAUCUACUCUAGGCGCCGAAUUCAAGCAACUCAUCGGCGACAUGCGAGAUAAAUCCGACGGGAAGUUCCCCGGAAAAGAAAAACUAUUACUCAAAGCUAAGAAACAUCCAAUUUACCUACCUCAUCCGGUCAUAAUGCACAUCGAUAUGGACUGCUUCUUCGUGUCCGUAAGCCUCCGAGACCAUCCGGAACUGCAAAACCGACCGGUGGCUGUGACACACGCACGUAACGGUCAACUAACCAACAUCAAACCCGAACAAAAGGCGAAUAGAGAACAGGAAUUUUCGCUGUACGCCGAUCGAUUACCCGCCGGAGUGACCUCGAGAGUGGACAGAUUGGACACGAAAUCCAGCUUAUCCGAAAUAGCCAGUUGCAGUUACGAGGCCAGACAGUGCGGUAUAAGAAACGGCAUGUUUCUAGGACAAGCCGUGAAGUUGUGCCCCGAAUUGAAGACUCUACCAUACGAUUUCGAGGGUAUAAAAGCGGUAUCGCGUUUAUUAUACGAAACAAUCGCUUCGUACACUUUAGACAUCGAAGCUGUUAGUUGCGAUGAGAUGUUUGUAGAUGUCACUAGAUUGUUGAAAGAAACCGGUUUGUCGGUGGAUGAUUGGGCGGCUUACAUUCGAAGCGAAAUCACUAACAUCACUAAAUGUCCUUGCUCGACAGGUUUCGGGGCUAACAGGCUACAAGCCAGACUGGCAACGAGGCGAGCCAAACCAUCGGGCCAGUACUAUCUACGACAAGAAGACGUGGAAAAUUACAUGACCGAUGUAAAACUGUCCGAUUUACCGGGCGUAGGUCGCGCCACUUUAUCCAAACUGGAGAGAAUCGGUCUGCGCACGUGCGGAGACGUUCAAUCGGCCGAUGUAGGUGUAAUUCGACGAGAAAUCGGCCAGAAGGCCGGGGAAACGCUCAAAGAACAAUCCCGCGGUAUCGAUAACAGGCCGUUGAAUUUCCACCACGAACGAAAGUCCGUAUCGGCAGAGGUUAAUUACGGCAUCAGAUUCAAAACCAUCGAUGAAUUCUACGCGUUUCUGCACAAUCUCUCCGAGGAAGUUUAUAAUAGAAUGAACGAUGUGAACAUGAGAGCCAGAUGUUUGACGUUGAAGUUGCUAAUAAGGGCCCCCGAAGCGCCCAAGGAAACCGCGAAAUUCUUGGGACACGGCGUAUGCGACAGUUUAACCAAGAGCUCCAAUUCGAACGCAAUUCUGAAUAACCCUUCGGUUAUAUUCGGCGAGGCUAAACUCCUGUACGAGAAAUUGAGGCCGCCGUUCGGCGAUUUGCGAGGCGUGGGAUUGCAAUUGACGAAAUUGGAGAGGAAUUGUUCGAUCAACAACGCCCUGAGCGAGUUUCUGAAGGGCUCCCGAAAGCCUAAAGAGGUGCAGAAGAAGGCGAAAGACGAGGCGGUCGUUAGAAAAGACGAGUCGAAGAGGAACGGUUCGAAGAAAGCCAAAUCGGGGAAUCCCAACGCUAUAAACGAUUAUUUCAGCAAAACCAAGCAGUCUUCGGGCGCUUUGAAGUCGUGUAAAAUCGACGUGAACGUUUUGAACGAGUUGCCCGAUGAUAUACGAAAGGAAAUUAUCGAAGAAUAUAAUUUACAAGAAAGCGUGGCGAUCGAAUGUAAACGAAACGACGGCGAACUAACGCGAAAUAACGGUGAAAAUAACGAACGAUUCGUAGAGAAUCGAUUCGAAAAUUUGUCCUGGAACGAAAUCAAGCCGAUCAUAAAGAAGUGGAUCGAAUCGGACGAGUUUCCCUACGAUAUCGAUAUCGAAAUGAUAGCCGAGCAUUUCAAACGGCUCGCCAUCGACAGGAAAAUCGAAACGUUACCGGCCAUCUUCAAUUUCCUGCACAGGAACUUCUCUUCGCUGAACUGCGCUUGGCACGAGGCCUACUACAAGAUGGUGAAUAUCGCGCAGGAGGGAAUGGUGGCGAGAUACGGUAACACUUUGCUCGUUAAAAGGCGAUUUCCUUGUUGCGAAAUGUGA